AGAUGACAAGUUCUCCAGAGAAGAUAAAUACAGUGCAAGAAGCUGUCACUGAAGCGCAGGAUGAUAAAGAUGAUUACCUAGAAAGAAAUAAUGAGUUUGAAUGUGACCUGCAUGAGAAGCUCAUGGACUUUCCUGAAGACUUUAACCAGCUCGAACUAUUGAAGACCCAUGGACAUCUAAUUCCCACUGGGACGCAGAGCCUCUGGCCUGAAGAGUCUGAAGAAGAAACGGAAGAAAAACCAGAAGAAUGGUAUCAAAUGCAGGAGAAGGAACUGGAAGACAACCCCCCAGAAUUGCUCCUUUUUGCCGCGGAAAACAACAGAGUAGGCAGAGCAAUCCUGUUGAAAAUAUAUUGAUACCUGUCAUCAGGAUUUUGUAGAUAUCAAGUUCCAUUUUUACGGGGGUGGGGAGGUAUAUUUCUAUAUCAUUAUCUUUUUACACUAAGGCAAUGAAGGUUACCGUUAGUGUAACUGUUCAGGUAGUUUGUGAAUUGCUCCAGAGAACACAACAAUUUGGUUCAGUUUUAUAGAUGGUGCUUUAAUCGUUAAUUUCUACAUUUAGCCAAAGUCACAUGAGUUUUAUAUUGACAGACAGCCACUAGAGGUGGAGCAUGUUAUGUUUAGCAACAGAAAUUAACUAAGACUUUUCCUUCUUGCAGCUCAACACAGUUCAGCAAAUUCUGUCCACUAAGCCAGAUCUAGUGAACACCACUGAUGAAGACCACUACACCCCACUCCACAGAGCAUCCUACAACGGUCACCUUAACAUAGUGCGGGAGCUGAUUGCCAGAGGGGCUAAUGUGCAUGCUGUUACAGUAGAUGGAUGGACCCCUCUGCACAGUGCGUGCAAGUGGAACAACACUCCAGUAGCCUCAUUUUUACUUCAACAUGGGGCAGACAUCAAUGCCCAAACUCAAGGCUUACUGACCCCACUGCACCUUGCUUCGGGGAACCGAGACAGCCGUCAGAUUCUAGAACUUUUGUUGAUGAAUCGCUACAUCAAACCAAACUUGAAAAAUAAAGUCGGCGAAACUGCUUAUGAGAUCGCCAGGCGGACUGAUGUAUAUCACUACCUCUUCGAAAUUGCUGAUUAUUUGAUUCAACCUUCAUCAGAAACAUAAAAUCUUUGAUAAAACUGCUGCGGAAAAGCAGUUUGAUUAGUGAAUAUAAAUCCUAAAUUACAGGCUACUGGAAAAUAAAAAAUGACUGUGAGAUUUGAUUGCUAGGCAAGAUGUAAUGCCGUGAUUAACAGUACGCCAUGUGGCAAUACCUUUUAAAACAUGUGAAAUGUGUUUUCUACACUAAGCAAAAUGUGGACUCCCAGCUUGUGAUGAAUUAUAAUUCCCAUCUACUAGGAAGGAUGCAGCUUGAGUUGAAUAGCAUCUCCUCUGGUGGCUUGCCAAACGAAACCAUAGUUCUCUAGUCUAGUUCAUUUUAACUUGAGCAAUCUAAAAUCUGGCAAAAGGAUUGUGGGAGUUGCAGCUUUCACAACUGGAAAGAUAGCUAUUUUUUAUAAGUGAAAACCACUUAGGGUGUUUAUUCACUAAAGGUGAAAGUAGGGAUUGGCCAUGAUUAAAUAAUACAGGGUAAUUGCACUUUUAUUUUGGGGAGGGAGGUAUAGCUUACAGUUCAUCAGAUUUGGACUCAAAUCUACAAUUUCCUACUAAUUCUGUACAAUUCCUGGUUUAGUAAACUGACCCCACCAGCUGUCUGUUGGGAUAAAUACAGGUACAGUUUAGGAGAGUGACAUGUUUGGUAACCACAUAAGCAGUGUAUUCAAAAAGAGUUCUAUUCAAUAAAUGUAUCAUAAGCUCUCAAUACUCAGUUUUGUUAAUACAAAUUCCUUAAACAUAAUAAGAUAAGAUGUUAAGUUAUAUGAAAAAAUGGUCACUAAACUUGUCUGUCCUUGCCGCAUUUCAAUCCUAGUGGCAAACAAAUUACUCCUUUUCACGUGUAGAACCAUCGAUGGAAAGGUUUCAUGUUUAUACAUUCUGUAUCCAGGGAAACUGAACUAUUUUAGGAAAACAGAAUAAAAGCAACUAAAUAAUACAAUACAAUGUUUAACUGUGCUGCAGUUCGGUGGGCAUAAAUAUGUCUAUUGAAUGUAGUACAAACAGUUUUAAAAAUGUUGUCAUGUUCUAUUAUCCUUUUUUUAACCUACCUAAGGCCAAGCAGACAAUAUAUAACAGCCCUGGAAUUGAUUUUAUACCUAACUAGUACUGAAUUAUGUCAGCAUGGUGCACACGUGUGUGGGAUGAACAAAAACAUUAAAUUGGGAAAAAAAACAUUAAAGGAUCACUAUACAUGUAUCCCUGACCCUAUAAAGUUAAAACCAC